AGCCCGUUUGGCGUGGUUGCCAAGGGAGACAAAGAUCCCGCGCUAGUUGGCCGCACUAUCCACGAUUUGUCUCAACCUGAGGGCGCUUCGAUCAAUGAUAUCACCGUGAAGGACGAAACACCCACUCCGACCUACGAACCGUGUACUUCAGUGGCCAGCGAGCUACUACGGACGUCGCUUAAGUCUACUGCAGCGAUACCAGCAAAGCUCAUGGGCGGGGAUGUCGCGUCAGCCUUUCGCAAUGUUGCAAUCCAUAGUGAGAGUGUCCGGCUAUUUGGUGGCUAUAAUUCUGAAGUCAACGCUGUGAUUAUCGAUCUCUUUGCUCCCUUUGGCUAG